UGUCUAAGGGUUGAUAAACAACAGAUUGAUGAAUGAUUGAUUGAUGAUUGAUGUUGAUUCUGUCAUAUUGUUUUUGUUAGUUUGUUGCCGGUUUAUAGAGGAAAAAUAUUAUAUUGUAGAAGUAGAAUAGUAGUUAAUACAAACCUGAAAGAAUAUUAGAUUAUAAGGAUGGCUGACAAAUUUGAAGAGUUAUAUCAAAAGUAUAAUCUUUUAUCCAGCGCUAAGGAAAACAUUACAGAGCUUUCUGAUGAAUACCUGGAAUGUAUAGAACAUGCCAAAGGUACAGACAAGGAAAAGAAAUUAGCGGCACAAAUUAUUGCCCAAUAUUUCAAACAUUUUCCACAACAUAAUGAAAAAGCUUUAAGUGCCGUCUUUGAUCUUUGUGAAGAUGGUGACACAUCGAUACGAAUAAGUGCCAUUAUGUUCCUGCCAAUGUUAUGUAAACAUUCUAAAGAAAUUGCUACAGUGGUAGCUGAUAUUUUAGCUCAACUGAUGAUCCUGUUAGAUCAACAACAAGAAUUUAAUGUUACUUGCAAUUCUCUGGAUCAGGUAUUCAAAGAGUACCCAUUACAAACAUUAAAAGCCUUGUUUGCUCAGAUAUAUGCAGCCGAACCAACUACUAGGGAAAAUGCUGUCAAAUACAUAUACAAAAAGAUGAUCAAAUUAGAUGAUAAAGUUACAGCUAUAUGUACUGACUUACUUAUAGAGGAAGGGAAGAAGAUACUACAGGUGUCUACAGUAACAGAGUUUUUAAUAAUAAUUCCUUUCUUUAUGAACACAAAAUAUUCAAAAACAGCAAUUGGCCAACAGGAAUUGGCUAAUUUAAUAGCACAUAGAGCAGACAUAAACCAAGAGUUUGAUAGCAAAGAUAGUUUGUUUUGUGAUAGACUUAUUAUCUGCACUGACCAUGUCUUGCCUAUUUUCAAUGCAACAGUUGAAUCGACAGAGUAUGUAAAAUUCUAUUGUAAGGAAAUAUUGCCAAAUUGGGAUCUUAUCGCUGAAUUACAAGAUGGUGAAGUAAUGCAAACAAAGCUUUUACAACUGCUGGCUGAUCUUUCGAAUCAUUGUGGCAAAUUAGAUACUCCAUCAUCAUACAUUGUUCAUAUAUUUGAUAAAUUGAAGCUGUACAUGCCUCUUCCACCAGAAGAUGAGGAUAUAAACCAAAUUCCAAAUCUAAACUUCUCUGCUGUAGAAUGUUUACUUUAUGCCUUCCACAAAUUAGUAAGACAGGCUCCUGAAUAUUUGACAUCAGAUCCAACUACAUUCAACGAUUUUAGAUCUAGACUGGCUUAUUUCUCCAGAGGUGUAGGAGGAUGCAAACGUGCUCUUGAGAUAGUACAUAACAAAGAUGACGAAAAAAUUAAAACAGCACCUACACUAUUAGACAAUAUUAAUACUUUGAUCAAAGACUUAUUUUAUCAGACCCCUACAUAUAGGUGUAAUAUUCACUUAUCCUUUAAACCUGUGAAUAGUUCUAGAAAGGAACCAAUAAAACUGCUAAGUACACAGAAAAGAUAUGCUCCUAUCGACUUUAACUCAAGUAAUGGUAAUCAAAUAAGUCAUAAGCAUAUAAGAACAAAUAAAGGUUCUGAAAAUAUGAAAUUGUAUACGCCACCUAGUGGGAAGUUUAGCAAUAAUUUCCAAAGCUACGAUGAUAUGGGCGGUCGUGGUAGAGGAAGGGGUGGAAAAGGAAUGAGAGGAGGUCCUAGAGGACUUAGAGGAAUGAAACCUAGAGGAUGGAAAAACUAGGUUCAGGCUAAACGUCCAGGAAAUUAUUUUCAGUUCUAAUAAUUAGAACUUCAACAAAGUGACUUUUUAUAGUAUCUAAUUCUAAUUCAUUGUUCUAUCGUAUUUAUCCAUAUUUAAGUUGUAACUUAUUUUCUCUUUAUAUAUUGGCGGGCAAAAAAUUUAGGUCACAUUUAAAUUUUGCGUUUUGGGGUAGUAAUUUGUUUACAAUUGUAUCGGUCUCUUACAUGGACGUAUAAAUAAAGAUUAUACGUCUUUAUACAUCUUUAUUUAUACGUCCAUGGUUUUAAUAUUAUGUAGGGAUGGUUGUUUUGACUGAUCCAAUAUUUUUGAAUACAUUGAUAUUAUCACUGGAGAAUGAUCCGAUGAUAACUCAUGGCAGGAUUUCGCUAUGCAUUUUUUAGUUUCAACACCUUUUGUGACUCAAAAGUCAAUAGCAUCGGGAAUCUUGUUCCUGUCAGAUGGCCAGUAUGUUGGUUCUCCAGUAGAUAUUUGCUGUAGAUUAUUCGCCCUCAUUGCUGAGAUCAAUGCUCGCCAUUUUGUAGUUGUUAAUCUGGAACCCCAUUCUGGAUGUUUGGCAUUAUAGUCGCCACCAGCCAGGAAUCUGUUUCCGAGUGUGUAGAAAAACUCGUAAUGUUCGUUCUUAUUAUUGAGUUUUGGAAGACAAUAGAUUAAUUCAAUAUUGAUUAUUAAAAUUAGUUUCCAAAAUAAAGUAACGACAGUUUACAACCGAAAAUGUCAACGAGACAUCACAAUUUCAAUCAUCAUCAUCACGUAGCGCUACAACCCUGGGUGGGUCCUGGCUGACUGUACAACUUUAUUCCAAUUUGUUCGGUCUUCCAUCAACCUAGGGUCAAAUGGGAUGUUCAUUUUUCAGAGAUCUGCUUGAAUGUUAUCUCUCCACCGCAUUCUGGGACGUCCGAGUGGUCUUUUGCCUGUAGGAAUCUCCUCGCAUACCAGUCUUACAAGUCUCUCGUUAUGAAGUCUGUGCACGUGGCCUGCCCAUCUUAGUCGCUGUGAUUUAAUUUCUUAGACAAUAUCGGUGUCAUUGUAGAGUUCUUUCAAUUCGAGGUUGGUUCAGUAGGCGAAUUCUAUAAUUUUCGUUAUAAUCGCGAAAGCUAAGCUAAACGAUAGCGAAGUUGAUUUAUGUUCAUAUUCUAUAAGGUUAGUUUUCGCUUUCGCUUCGUUAUCAUAGCGGCAUACGAUAAUAUACGAGUUUAAACGAUGUAUGAAUAAAUAAUUACGGCAACAUUGCAAAUAUACGUGCAGGGAGUAAAAAAAAGAAGAAAUAAAGAAAGAAGAAGAGUAA